UCUAUCACUUACACCAAUUUCUCACCAAACCCGUUCUCACUUUCGAUUGUCCUCGACCUCGACUACAAGUGAGGGAUAGACAUCGAAACAAACAUCGGAAUGACAUCUACAGCACCCCAUCGUCCCCGAGCAAGGCCGGCUCAUACUCAGGGUUCGACACACUGCGCCUAUACCCCUGACGGCUCGAAGCUGGUUACCGUAGGCUCAAACAACACCAUCCGAUUAUACAAGACUGGCUUUGAUGGUGAACCUAUCAACAUCGACGACUGCCAAGAACAGAACCUGAGCGUAGACGCUUCUGAUGAGUUCUUCGUUGUUGGUUCCGAAGAUGGAACCGUCAGUCUUUACUCUAUCCCCAACGCUACCUUCGAUAAGUUCCUCCUAAGAUGUUCUCUUCCAAUCCGUGAUGUUGCACUCUCUCCCGACUCAAAGUGGUGUGCUGUAGCUAGCGACGAAUUGACUGUGAAGCUGGUUCGAACCGACGACAAUACGAAGAUACGUCACCUGAAGGAGCACAACAAAUCUACGAAACAUCUGUCUUUCGAUACCAAGGGAACUACUGUCGCAUUAGCUUGCACAGACGGGAUCGUAUAUGUGUAUUCUCUGACCUCUGACGAGCCGGAGCUUAUAAAGAAGGUCGACGGCGUCAUUGGCGCAUUGGAUACUGAGUCCGACGCCAGUUCGAAGAUUUCGUGGCACCCAGACGGGCGUGCGUUUGCAGUACCCACUCCAACAAGAGAUAUACAGGUUAUCUCGAAAAAUGAUUGGGAGAAGCAAAGAGUAUUCGCGAACGGCCACAAUGGAGACGUCACUGCUUUAGCAUGGUCUCCCAAUGGUGCCAUAUUGGCUUCCGCCGGCAAAGACAAGAGGAUUUUGCUGUGGGAGACCAAGACUCAAAGCGUUAUUGCUAGGCUCGACUAUGCCAAUGUCAUAGAUAUUGCAUGGCAUCCCGAGAACAAUCUAGUUUCUUUCACAAACUCGGACGGCGAGGUCUACAUUCAUCCUGACUUCGUACCAGAACAAUAUGAGCCCUUAUUAAAACUCGCGAAGCAGCCUGCGCCUUUCAUUCAUGACCCUUUAUCAGAGUCGACGAAUGUUAGAAGACCCCUGGGAAAUGGUGCAGGGGCCUCAACUUCAGUAUUGCCCCAGAGACAGAGAGCUGCCAGCUAUGAUUCUCUUAUGGAUGGCCCCUUAGAGGAGGAUGAGGACUUUGUGGUAGAUGAUGAUGGAGCUGGUUAUGUGCUUAACGGCAAUGGUAAACGCAUACAUGACGACUAUGAUGUUUUUGGGGAACCAGCGAGCAAACGUCCCCAUAUCGAACCAGAGUACCACGAGGCUUUCCAGCCCGGAUCAACACCAUGGCGAGGCAACCGGAAGUAUCUUUGCCUGAACCUUAUCGGCUUCGUUUGGACCGUGGACCAAGAUGGACAUAACACCGUCACUGUGGAAUUCUACGACCACGAAUUCCACAGAGAUUUCCAUUUCACCGAUACUUUCCUGUACGAUAAAGCUUGCUUGACAGAAAACGGCACUCUGUUCUCAUGCCCGCCUAAAGACGAUACACCAGCAACUAUAUUCUAUAGGCCGCAUGAAACGUGGACUAACCGUACGGACUGGAGGACACAACUACCAAAAGGGGAGGCUGUUCUUGCCAUGUCCCUGAGCGAAUCAUUCAUAACCGUCACCACUUCUGCGAACUACGUCAGAGUUUAUACGCUUUUCGGAAUACCGUAUAGAGUUUAUCGACCGAAGAGCACUCCGACGGUUACCUGCGCAAGCUGGAGGGACUAUGUCAUGACCAUUGGCAACGGCCCUGUUGGUGCGGACGGACACACCAGACUCCUAUACACCAUUGAGAACGUGAAGCGGGAUGAAAUUUGUCAGAACGAAGACACCGUAGCGCUCCCAGAAGGCGCCACACUAAAGAGCGUCUUCUUUUCUGACAAUGGCGACCCAUGCAUCUACGACUCUACGGGUACACUCUUAACAUUAUUACAUUGGCGCCAGCCAUCAAGGGCAUCUUGGAUACCUCUCUUGGACACCAAACUCCUCCCACGUCUCGCUUCGGGACGUAAGACCGAGACAUACUUCCCGAUUGCGGUGGCCGACGACAAAUUCCAUUGUAUCAUCCUCAAGGGUGGCGACCAAUACCCCUAUUUCCCACGGCCGCUGCUCUCCGAAUUCGACUUCUCUAUCCCUCUCACCUCGGAGCCUCCCAAGUCUAAAGCCGCGAACCCGGACGCCAUGGACGACGACUCGCCGGAAGCGGAGGACGACGAGUCCGAGACGCGUAAGCUCGAGCAACAGUUCCUGCUCAAGGGCAUCGCGGCGGCACAACUUCAGGACCUCGUGGAGUCGACGAGCGGCAGCCACACUCAACGGUCUAGCUUAGCUAGGCUGGAGCUAGAGAUCGAUAAGACGCUGCUGCAAUUCCUGGCGGUGGAGUGUCGUGAAGGCGAGGACCGCGGCAUGCGUGCACUGGAGCUGGUCGAGCUCAUGCGUGACCGAACGGGUCGUAUGGUAGAGGCCGCGGGCAAGGUGGCGGAGAGGUACGGCCGCUCGAUCCUGGGCGAGAAAAUUCGCGAGGUUGGGGAGAGGAGGGUUAAUGCUAUGGAUGACGACUACUAGUUACUACUAGAGCGUGUAUUUGGAAUUGCACUGGACCGGAGCAAGGAUCUGAUCUUGAAAAGCGGCUGGAUUCUACUGGUGUUGCAAAAGGCCUUCCUCUCAAAUGGGACUGUAAAACUUCUAAUGACCACGAGUACCUCCCUACAUACCCUACAUAAUGUCAGGUUUACUAUUGGGUUACUAUCGAGGUUUACGCCUAGAUAUUGAAUGAAUAACAGUGAAUCCAUCGUCGGUUAUCUUCAAUAGCACAACGAAACCCCUGGACUGAGGUCAGCAGACGAUCUGAUAAGUCACGAAAUCAGGGGUUUGUAACAUAACCCAUUGAAGCCUCAUUUCCCGCUCUCACUAAUUGCCCUUUAAUAUACUAGACUUGUUACCUUACGUUACCUAGGUGUUCAUGGAUAUUAUCAGCCACGUUUCCAAAAUAAGCAACGAUCUCAAACACAGACACCAUGUUGUUAUCUUGAUAUUAUCAAGAUGCCAAGGUAUGUCUGAUUAGGGGAUGAUCAACAAGUGACAGCACGGACGCAACUCGCAUUCGCGCCAACGUGUGAAACAUAUCACGACUCUUCAAGCUAGCCCACCGCAAAUUAAAUUAUUCCCCGAGAAGAUCUGUGCUCCUCCCUCCCGCCAGCAGUUCUACUAGGCCAGAGCUGGCCAGGCUACUUCGGAAAAUUCUUCAACGAAUUUCUGCAUUGAAG